AUAUAAAAUAAUUGUGGAGAAAGAAUCUGAAACAAAAAUGGAUUUUAGUGAAUAAAAAUGGAAGAAGGUCAUCUCAAAUUCAGAAAUCAUUUGUAACUUACCGUGGAAUUUCAGAUAGAUGCUCAGCGGGGAAGAGGGUUCAAUAAAUGGAUGGGCUUUUGGAGGGUUGAUUGAUUUUUUUUUUUUUUCCCUCUUUUCUCUUCUCUUCUCUUCUUCACCAUUGUUGAAGUUGGAAGUCCCAUCAUGCCAGCUCUUUCUUUCUCUCUCGCUGUGAACCCCACUGAACGAGUGGAAUUUGCAGUUUAGUUUCUUGUCUUCAUUUUGAGAUUUAUUGUAUCCUUUGCUUUUGCCACUCAACUAGUUGUCCUCCUUCGUCUGUGGUUGUCUCCGCCAUAAAAACAGUCUUGCAGGGUUUGUAGAACAAGGGGAAGAGGAAAAAUGUCUAAUUAUGCCUUCUUGAAUGACCAGCUCUCGAAGCGGACAUCCAUUUUCGGUUUGCGUUUGUGGGUUGUUUUGGGUAUUUGUGUUGGUGCCGCCAUUGUUAUUGUUCUGUUCCUCAUUUCCUUAUGGUUCACUUCCAGGCGUAACAGUUCCAAUAAAUCUAAACCCUCUUUGAACCCCAUUAUCCCAAAUGUGUCUAAGGAAAUCCAGGAAAUACGGAUUGACCAUUCUCGGAAUACAACUCAUUCUGACCCUAAAGUUCAAUUGGCUUCUAACCCUGAGCCUUUGCCGGAGGCAGAGCCUUUAGCGACGCUGCUUGAGACGGAAGAAGGAAGCCCACCUAGUGGACGCCAUAGAAUUCACAUUGAAAUUGGGAAGGACCAUCGGAUUUCUUACCCAGAGAGAGGUGGCGGUUCGUCCCACGGUAGUGGAGAGGCUCGGUCUGGUGAUCAGGCGCCAAUGACUGUGCCGGAGGUUUCGCAUUUGGGUUGGGGGCAUUGGUAUACUCUCAGAGAGCUUGAGUAUUCUACUAAUAGUUUUGCGGAUGAAAAUGUAAUUGGUGAAGGCGGAUAUGGUAUUGUGUACCGUGGGGUUCUUGAGGACAACACCGUGGUAGCUAUCAAAAAUUUGCUCAAUAACAGAGGACAAGCUGAGAAGGAGUUUAAGGUUGAAGUGGAAGCAAUUGGACGUGUUCGCCACAAGAAUCUGGUGCGUUUGCUUGGCUAUUGUGCUGAAGGAGCUCACAGGAUACUUGUCUAUGAGUACAUUGAUAAUGGGAACUUGGAACAGUGGCUUCAUGGAGAAGUUGGACCUUGUAGCCCUCUAACAUGGGACAUUCGAAUGAAUAUAAUUGUUGGAACAGCGAAAGGGUUAACAUACCUCCACGAGGGACUCGAGCCUAAGGUUGUUCACCGUGAUAUCAAGUCAAGUAACAUUUUGCUUGACAAGCAGUGGAAUCCGAAGGUCUCUGACUUCGGCCUAGCAAAGCUUUUAGGCUCAGAAAGGAGUUAUGUAACAACUCGUGUGAUGGGAACUUUCGGAUACGUAGCUCCAGAAUAUGCAAGUACUGGCAUGUUAAAUGAAAAAAGUGAUGUAUAUAGUUUUGGAAUCCUCAUUAUGGAGAUAAUUUCAGGGAGAAAUCCAGUAGAUUAUAGCCGUCCUUCAGGAGAGGUCAACCUAGUUGAGUGGCUUAAAACAAUGGUUAGUAAUCGAAACGCUGAGGGAGUUCUGGAUCCUAAGUUGCCUGAGAAGCCUUCAACAAGGGCACUGAAGCGUGCUCUAUUAGUAGCGUUACGGUGUGUGGAUCCUAAUGUUCAGAAGAGGCCUAAAAUGGGGCAUGUAAUUCAUAUGCUUGAAGCAGACGAGUUUCCUUUCCGAGAUGAUCGUAGAGUGGGACGAGAACCAGGACGAUCACUACUGAAGGAAAAGCUCAUGGAAAGGCUUGUGAGUGAAUCUGGAGAAAGCAGUGGGUACGAAAGUGGAGCAACGCAAGCAAGCCGACAUCUAUGGAGAAAGCAAGAACUUGAAGAACAACAGCCUCGCGAACCUCACACUUUAAGAUGAUCUUGUAUACCCAACUCACAUUAUUAUCAAUCAGGCUACACUCUAAAAUGUACCUGUAACUGUAAGUACAACGUUUGGAAGGAAAGUUGACAACUUUUUGGUUAAAUCUGAAAUCCUAUAAAGCUGAUUUAACUGAAAUGUCCUGAAUUAAGGAUGGUAAAGAGUGAAGAUGAGUGGGUGUGAUUAGAAUCAAAUCGGGUCCUACUGAAGUUUGGUGGGUGUGAUUAGAAUUAAUUGGGGUCCAACUCUUUCACGAGCAUUACUGUUGGGGUGGGGACUUGGGUUUGUGAAGUAGAAGGAAGGAGAACCUUUAUUUUUCUGGUUUACAGUAAAAGGAACUGUUGUGUGUUUGGAUUUAGAAUCUUGGACCACUCUCUUUAAAGUUCUUCUGUCAUUGUUACUUGUAAAAAGUUAUUAGAUUUCUUUUUCGCUUCUUACUUUUUGACAUUUCUGUUUUCUACUUCCUGAAACCCUGAGUUCAGGGUCACUGUUUUGGUCUCUCUCUCUCUCUCUCAACACACACAUGGCCAUUUUUCUAAUUUUUCUAUCUUGAAUCUUGUUUUUCAUGGGUUAUGAAUUUUGCAUGUGUUGAACA